AUCGAUAUGGAAUAUUAUGAUUUGUUGGAGAUUCCUGCUACGGCGUCUAGUGCUGUCAUCAAAAAGGCGUAUUAUCUCAAGGCUAUAAAGUGUCAUCCUGAUAAAAACUUGGACAAUCCAUUGGCUGAAGAAAUGUUUAAACAAAUAUCUGAAGCUUAUCAAGUCUUGUCGGAUCCACAGCGUCGUUCAUUUUAUAAUAUUCAUGGAAAGGCUGCUGCAGUGGGUUCUGAAGGA